AUGAAACUCCUUAAACCUUUUUCUUGGAAGGAGAUUAGGGAGUCUCUCUUCAGUAUUCCUAUAACCAAGUCUCCGGGUCCAGAUGGGUUUGGUUCAGGAUUCUUUAAAGCAUUAUGGAAUGACAUUGGGGAUGAGGUGUGUGCUGCAAUUACCCACUAUUUUGAAUCUGGUAUCUUCCCUACUGAGCUCCAUGAAACAACUUUAUCUUUGAUUCCUAAGGUUGCUAAUCCUUCAAGGGUUGUUGACUAUAGACCCAUAGCUUGUUGCUCUACUUUAUAUAAGUGUAUGGCGAAACUGAUUUGUAAGAGAUUGGCCCAUAUUCUACCUGAUCUUAUUCAGCCUAAUCAGGGAGCAUUUGUCAAGGGUCGGUCUAUUUCCCAUAAUAUAAUGAUAUUCCAAGACCUCAUCAAAAACUAUGGGAGAGCCUCUACUUCUUCGAGAUGUGCUAUCAAGAUAGAUCUCAGAAAGGCCUAUGAUACGGUAGAUUGGGACUUCCUUGAGAACCUGUUAAAAGCGCUGAAAUUUCCUAUGAAAUUUAUUGGUUGGGUCAUGGCUUGUGUUAGGAAUACUUCUUACUUUCUCUUGAUGAAUGGCAGAAUUCAAGGCAAAUUUAAAGGAGGGAAAGGGCUGAGACAAGGAGACCCCAUGUCUCCUUUGUUGUUUGUCCUUAUUAUGGAAUAUUUGACUAGAAGCUUGCAACAAGCUGCUCUUAAUUCACCCUUUCGAUAUCAUCCAAUGUGUAAAGGUUCUCUCGCUGCUGUUAGAGUUGUUAAGGGGGUGCUUGAUAGCUUUGCUUCUGCCACAGAAGGAUUUUUUCCUCUUAAUUAUCUUGGGGUCCCUAUGAGGCCUACAAAAUGGAAGCAUGAAGACUGUGAGGUUAUCCUUCAGAAAUUUCGCUUGAAAAUUCAGAAUUGGGUGAGUAGACACUUGUCUUUUGCUGGCCGGAUUCAGCUCAUAAAUUCAGUGUUGCUUGGGCUUCGAAACUAUUGGAUGUCUAUCUUUAUUUUUCCUCAAAGCAUAGUUAAGGAUAUUGAGAACAUUUGUAGGGGCUUUCUGUGGGGCUCAGCUCGACAGAGAAGUAAGUUACAUAUUCCCUCUUGGCAGAAGGUUUGUCUCCCUAAAGCCUAUGGAGGUUUGGGUUUCAGAGAAGGAGCUACUUGGAACCGGGCUGUGUUAGCUAAAUAUGUUUGGACUUUAUCAGCUAAACCUGAUCUGCUUUGGGUUAAAUGGAUCCAUUCCAUUUAUUUGAAAGGUGUUAACUUAUGGAAUUAUGGCUUAAUAGCAGAUUGCAGUUGGUAUUGGCUAAAGCUAUGUCAUCUCAGGGAUCAUUUUAGGCCUGCUGAUAUUAACUCUGCUGGUGUGCAAGGGAGAUUUAAAACUGCUAGAUUGUACAACAGUCUCUUAGUUCAGCAAAGGGAUGAGUUCUACUGA